AUGGACGGGAAAAAAGAAAAUGAAAGGAGUGUUAAGGCUUUCAUCAUAGAGAUAAAAUAUCACCAGGAACUCAAAAGCCCCAAACACUGGAUAAAUUACUUCUCAAAGAAAAAGCUUAAUCUGGACAAACUGAGGUUCCUGGGCCCUCGUGGUAACCUUGCACUUGAGGGAGGAGGUGCUGGGGCAGCGCUGGCAGCCAGGCUCUUGACAUGUUAUAAAAACAAAAACAUUGUGAUAGUGACAAAAAUGCUACAACCUUGCAGCAGCAUCUUUGUUUUGCAAGGCAGGCAGCAUGUUUCAAAGAACAUUUAUCUUAGCCCCAUGUUCAGGUUGAAAGAUAUUAAUACAAAAGGUACAUUCUGUCCAGAAUAA